GAUGGGCAAAUUAGCAAUGACCUGGGUUUGAGUAACAUUUUGCAGCUGGCUUGCUUGCCUGGGAACCUAUGUGGCUAUGUUCUAGUCCACGAGGUCCGCGCCUAGCGUCACUUCCGCCAUUUUUUUGAUACAUCAUCCCUUCCGCUUUUGGAGUGAGUAGAUUUCUGAAUCUUUGACGUGAGAUUCUGCAAAUACUCUGAAGUACUUAACGAAAGAGCUCAUGUAAGAACAGCGUACAGCAUUUGAGCUCACAAAUGAAUACAAUAUUCGAAGUUCAAACUUUUCCUCGUUCGUUGUUCAGUCCCAAUGUCGAAAGCAAUUCUUUCCCUAAUCAAAACCCGUCGUCACCGCAAAAAGACCUCUUUUAACCCUAUGGCCUUCACGCCUCGUAUCAAGAAGCUUGUUUUCGACGCCGUCGACAUCCUUAGAACCCAUGAGGAAUGGGAAGAUUCCCUCGAAACCCACUUCGCAGAAUCCGGAAUACUCGUUUCCGAUGUUGCGCAUUUCGUUUUGGAUCGAGUACACAACGCAGAACUGGGUUUGAAGUUCUUUGAUUGGGCUAACAGAAGACCGUACUCUUGUUCCCUAGACGGGACAGCAUAUUCUUCGCUUCUGAAACUUUUGGCGAGGUUUAGAUUGUUUUCAGAGAUUGAAUUGGUGUUGAAGAACAUGAAAGUGGAGAACAUAAAGCCCACCCCUGAAACAUUGAGCUUUAUUAUUUGGGCUUGCGGAGAUUCUGGGUUGGCUGAUAGGGCUCUCGAGUUAGUUCAUACGACGCGUGAAAUGCAUAAUUGUUAUCCUAGUACCGUGGCUUGUAACUCAUUGCUUCAAGCUUUAGUGAAACAUGGGAAAGUAGAAAUUGCACGUCAAUUGUAUGAUGAAAUGUCUGGAAGAGAUGAGGGCGAAGGUACCAUUGUGGAUAACUAUAGUACCUCUAUCGUGGUGAAGGGCCUUUGCAAUGAGGGAAAGGUUGAGGAAGGUCGGAAGUUGAUUGAAGACAGAUGGGGAAAGGAUUGCGUACCAAAUAUUGUAUUUUACAAUACAAUUAUUGAUGGUUACUGCAAGAAUGGCAACCUGAAUGGUGCAAACAGAGUUUUCAAGGAAUUGAAAUUGAAGGGAUUUUUGCCCACAUUAGAAACUUAUGGGGCUAUGAUUUAUGGAUUUUGCAAGUCUGGGGAAUUUGAAGCGGUUGAUUUGCUUCUGACAGAAAUGACUGAAAGGGGAUUGAAAGUGAACGUGCAAGUGUAUAAUGAGAUUAUUGAUGCUAAAUACAAACAUGGCUUGGUAGAUGAAGCAGUUGACACGGCGAGAAGGAUGAUUGAGAAUGGAUGUAAACCAGAUAUUACAACUUACAAUACUCUGAUAAACUGUUCAUGCAGGAGUGGGAGACUUAAGGAAGCUGAUGACCUCCUUGAGCAGGCAAAAAAGAGAGGAUUGGCGCCUAAUAAGUUUAGUUAUACUCCCCUCAUGCAUGCCUAUUGCAGACAAGGGGAUUAUGUUAAGGCAUCGAAUAUGCUUGUUAAGAUUGCUGAAACAGGAGAUCAGCCUGACUUGGUUUCUUAUGGAGCUCUUAUUCAUGGAGCUGUUGUUGCAGGGGAAAUAGAUGGUGCGUUGAUGAUCCGAGAGAAGAUGCUGGAAAAGGGAGUAUUCCCUGAUGCUCAAAUUUACAAUGUUCUGAUGAGUGGCCUUUGUAAGAAAGGAAGGUUUCCUGCUGCCAAACUGCUAUUAUCGGAAAUGCUUGAACAAAAAGUUCAACCUGAUGCAUACAUUUAUGCCACUUUGGUGGAUGGUUUUAUCAGAAAUGGUGAACUUGACGAGGCAAAAAAAGUUUUUGAACUCACAAUUGACAAGGGUGUGGACCUUGGAACAGUGGGAUAUAAUGCCAUGAUUAAGGGUUUCUGUAAACUUGGAAACAUGACAGACGCUCUAUCAUGCAUCAAUAGGAUGAGAAAGGCGUGUCAUGUUCCAGAUGAAUAUACUUAUUCAACAGUUAUAGACGGAUAUGUGAAGCAUCAAGACUCUGAUAGUGCACUCAAGAUCUUUGGCGUGAUGCUGAAACAGAAAUGUAAGAUCAAUGUGGUCACUUACACCACUUUGAUCAACGGAUUCUGCAGGAAGGCAGAUUUGAGCAGAGCUGAAAAUGCUUUCAGAGGCAUGAACUCUUUUAAUUUAGAACCUAAUGUGGUCACAUACACCAUACUAAUUGGGGGUUUUUGCAAGGUUGGUAAAAUUGCAAAAGCAACGUCCUAUUUUGAACUAAUGCUGUUGAACAGGUGUCUUCCUAGUGAUGCCACAUUCCAUUAUCUGAUAAAUUGUUUAACAAAUAAUACAAUUAGAGCAAGUUUUAAUGAAGAUGAGUCUAAUGAUAAUGUCAAGUCCUUGAUUUUGCAUUUCUUUGCAAGGAUGAUUUCUGAUGGAUGGAACCGAAUUGCUGCUGCUUAUAAUUCUAUAAUUAUUUGUCUUUGUAAACAUGGAAUGGUUGAUACUGCUCUAUCAUUGCAAAACAAGAUGCUGGCUAAGGGAUUCCUUUGGGAUUCUGUAAUUUUCGCUGCUCUACUGCAUGGCUUAGGCGUACAAGGCGUUGGUUGAAGAUUCAAGGUUUUCUGAUCAACAAAGCCAAUACAUCUCAAGGUUAUAAUGUCAUAGGGAGCGAGGGUAUUUUAUGAACGAAAGAAAUCAGUUUCCUUGGCAGAAUAAUGGACGUGAUUGUAUUUGAUGAGGUUUCCAUUUGCUUCAGGAAAUUGAGAAAUAUGGCCCUUUCAGGAUCCUCAUAUACUUGAUGAUGGUACUCUAUCAGAGAUUGUGCCAAUAAUCCCAGUUGAUAAACAUUUGACGAACAUACCUUUGAUGGACUGACAGGUUUUUGACAUUGUUUGUUCUCCAAUAAUUCAAAACACCAAGAAAGCUGCCAGCAACAGCAAAGAAAUAUUAAAUCUGUUUUGUCUUGUGCAGAUAAUCACCACUACCAUAUCAUGAUUACGUCACGAAAAUUGGUUUGUUAACUUUCCGUUAGAAGGAUCCAGGAAGGUCAUAUAUGCUUAAAUGUCCACUACGACUUUGUCAAUGCAACAAGAUUGCAGCCCUCAAGUUAUCUAGGGAACGCAUUUCCUUUGCCAAGCAAAAUCUGAUGUGGGAAAAACUGUGUUUUUUCCCUUUUCUUCGACACUUCAGCAAAUUGAUCCUGUUCCUGGCCAAGCUGUGCCUCUUUCUUUGCUACCGAAGUGAACAAGUUAUCAGGUUUGCCACAGUUGAUGUUUUCUAUGGUGGGGUCAAUACAAAGGUUCACAAAGAACUGCAAAAAAAAAAAAAUAAUAAUAAAUAAAAUGAACGCCCACCUUCUUGUCGUUUGGACACCUUGGAGGAUAUUGCUGUGGCUACAGAUGAAGACCUUGGAUUAAAGUACACGAGACAUUUUGUUAUUGUCUUGAUUAGUUUGACCAGGUGCUUGUGUCACUUGGCAUCUCUUCCCUUCUUUGUGAAUUGACUCUGUUCGGGUGCAUGUUGGUUUUGAGCUUGGAUUCAAAGCCCUAAUAAUUUUAUAUCAUUUCUGGAUAUAGAAAAAGGAUUACAUAAUAUCUUAUUUGUUUAUUCAUAUUUGUGAAAUAUAUCUCCUUUGAUCUUCGCA